CAGCGGGCGGGCAGCGCGCAGUCUCCGCCUCUGGUGUUCGGCACUGCCCGGGCUCCUCCUCCUUCUCCUUCCUCCUCCUUUGGCUUCCCCAGGCGCCAGUAGCCACUGCCCUCCGACUUGCUGCAGCCAGAACCCGAGCCAUGAGAGUGGCGGGCCCCGGGGCGCUACCCGCGCUGGCAUUGCUGCUGCUGCCACUAGCUGGGGCUCGAUCCUGGGCCGCCACCUCGCUCCCAGCGCCACCGCUCUUCAACGUGAGCCUGGAUGCGGCCCCAGAGCUGCGCUGGCUGCCGGUGCUGCAGCACUAUGACCGGGACUUGCUGCGCGCCGCAGUGGUGCAAAUCGUCGGCGAUAGAGUUCCAAGUGGGUCCUCGAGUUGAUUGGAAAGGAGAUCAUGAAGCUGUGAGAGCCUCCUUCCCCAGCCCUUCACAGAUGAGAUCUUCGGCGUGUGCGACUUCCUGAACCUCAGCCUGGUGGACGGUCUCCUUGUCAACCUGGCCUACGAGUACUCCGCAUUCUGCACCAAUGUGGCUCAAGACUCCAAGGGCCACAUUUACCACGGUCGGAAUCUGGACUAUGCUUUGAAAUAUCUUACGCAGUUGACGGUGGAUGUGCAGUUCUUAAAGAAUGGGCAGAUUGCAUUCACAGGAAACUUUAUUGGCUAUGUAGGAUUAUGGACUGGUCAGAGUCCACACAAGUUUACAGUUUCUGGUGAUGAACGAGAUAAAGGCUGGUGGUGGGAGAAUGUGAUUGCUGCCCUUUUCCAGGGACACUCUCCAAUCAGUUGGCUUAUCCGCACUACCCUGAGUGAGUCAGAAAACUUUGAAGCAGCCGUUUACAAGUUGGCCAAGACUCCCCUCAUUGCUAAUGUCUACUACAUCGUUGGUGGCACAUCCCCCCAGGAGGGAGUGGUCAUCACCAGGAACAGAGGUGGCCCAGCAGACAUUUGGCCUCUAGAUCCUUUGAAUGGAGCGUGGUUCCGAGUUGAGACAAAUUAUGACCACUGGAAGCCAGUACCGAAGAGAGAUGACCGGAGAACACCUGCCAUCAAAGCCCUUAAUGCCACAGGGCCGGAAAACCUCAGCCUGGAGACGCUUUUCCAGGUUUUGUCAGUGGUUCCAGUUUGUAACAACUACACAAUUUAUACUACAGUAAUGAGUGCUGCCAACCCAGACAAGUACACGACUAGGAUCAGAAACCUGAGCUGAAAAUAAUUUUUUUAAAAAAUGAAAUUCUUGAAGAGCCACACUUUUAAAAAAAAGACAAAGUUAAAAUAUUUUAUUAUUUUAUGAACAAUCCAGACUCCUUCCUCAUUAAACUUUUCAACCUUGUCAAGUGGGGGUCAGGGGUCACUUUGGUGGCAUUUCAAUGAAAUGGGUAAUAGCAUGUUUUGCAUUCUCCUCCCUUCCUGGUCGUCUUGAUCUUCGUUAAGCUUCUACCCUGGCUUGAGCAACUCAAAGAUGAUUGGUCUCAGAAGCAAGUUGUGUCCUUGAACUUUAUUCCCAGCUUCUAAUGAUUCUGUUAUCAUAGCUCUGCUUAUGUGCUAAAGAAGUGAAUUGGAAAUACCUCUGUUCAUUAUGAAGCGCUCCUGGAAGAAAAGAGCCUAGGUAAAAAUUUCUUCUAGGGCUGGAAGUAUAACUAAGUUGUAGAGCCCUUGCUAUACAUGCAUGAAGCCCUGGGUUCUAUUCCCAGCACCACAAAAAAAAAAAAAAAAAAAAAAAAAGAAAGAGGCAGGAGAUUUCUUCUUGAAAA